CCGGUAAGUCAUUUGCAAGUACAACAGUCCUCUGUGCGCCCCCAUUCAUUUCCUGCACAGAGCAGCUGAGGGAGAAGAGACACUGUAUAAGGGAAGGAAAUAAUUCUCUUCUGCAGCUUUCCAGCAGUGCUCGGACAGCAAAGACACCUUUGAGAACAUAAUGUUAAUGCUUGACGGGAUGCCGACAGCAAGAGUCAAACCAGAGCUUCUGGAAUCUGAACGAGGGUCUCCACGAGACCCUAACUUUUCAGAUAUGGAAGCUGUCCCUAUUUUGCUUAACAAUGUGAAAGCAGAACCUCCAGAGGACUUGCUAUCCACCGAUCAAUAUCAGACACAAACUGAGCCAGUGGACUUGUCCAUUAACAAAGCCCGGACAUCACCAACAGCAGUAUCAUCGUCACAGUCCUCACCCAGCUCAGUGUCAACAACCUCAGUCUCUUCAAUGUCCUCUUGCUCUCCUCGAUUGACUUCAUCCCCAACUGUGAUAACCUCAGUGUCUUCAUCAUCAGGAAUGUCAACAGUAUUAGCAUCGGGCUCUAUUGUGGCAUCUUCACCGGCUGUUGGGGGCCAGCAGUACUUGCACAUAAUCCACCCGGUGCCACCUUCAAAUCCUAUGAAUUUUCAGUCCAGCAAACUGAGUCACGUGCAUCGCAUUCCAGUGGUUGUACAGUCCCUUCCUGUGGUCUACACUGCCAUGAGGUCACAGAGGAACCUCAACUCCACCAUUGUACUCCCAAUGUUAGAGGAUGGAAGGAGUCAAAUGAAAGUGGACGCUCAACAGUGCAUUGUGAAAAAACCAUUCAGCCUGCAGCCUCACAGUAUUGUUCCACACAACCACUCCUGGCACCAUACUAUAAUUGAAGGGGAGAUAGCACAACUGAGGAGUUUGUCACCUGGACGUAUCAAAAGUGAUAGCGAGGAUGAUGACCUGCCAAAUGUGACUUUGGACAGUGUUAAUGAAACUGGAUCCACAGCACUCUCUAUUGCACGAGCUGUACAGGAACAGUUGCUGGGAGGCACGAGUGAUGAAUUUAGUUCUUCACGAGGGACACGGGGCUAUGACAUGAAGUUCCAAAUCAGCAGAAGCUUCAGUCCCAAUUCGGAUUCACCUUUCAGUAUUGAGGGUACAAGACUACAACGAAGAUCUGAGUCCCCUGACUCGAAGAAACGACGCAUACACAGGUGUGAUUUUGAGGGCUGCAAUAAAGUGUACACAAAAAGCUCUCACUUGAAAGCACACAGGAGGACGCAUACAGGUGAAAAACCUUACAAAUGCACAUGGGAAGGCUGUACAUGGAAAUUUGCUCGUUCGGAUGAGCUUACAAGGCACUACCGCAAGCACACGGGGGUAAAACCCUUCAAGUGUGCAGACUGUGACCGCAGUUUCUCACGCUCCGAUCACCUGGCACUGCAUCGUCGAAGGCACAUGCUUGUUUGAAAGUGUUUUGGAGAACAAUGGGGCACCAGAGCAGGAUCUCUUCCAAACCCCUCCCGAAUUCAGCUGGGCUGAAUUAUCAAGAGUAUUGAGUGAGGAGACAUCUCCAAUCAUCCGAAAGGAGGAAAAAGAUAAAAAGCACUCUAAUCUUUCCCACUGCUGACAGUCAAAACCAACUGUUGGCCAUUUAGCAAUUUAGAUUGUUUCAGUUUGGCCUGCGUUCUUGUCCAAGGCUAUUCAUAAUGAGUUGGUGCAUUUUUUUAAAAGAUAGUUCUCAUUUUAAAUCAAUUUGUCUUUACUACGAUUCUUCAACUACUGGAUAAACCUGUAGCAAUAGGAUGAUAUUUAGUGCUAAAUGUUAGUUCAGAACUUAGUUUAACCCAUCAUUUCUAUUUCCACUUUUUUAUACUGGUUUGGAAAGCUCUGUCUUGUAGAGACCUCAUUUGAGAAAUAAAAAAACAACAAGCGAGGAUGUUUUCCUCUACUGCGCACUCAUGCCCUAAACAUUGGUGCGUGGAGGAUAACACGGUCCACACUCGAUGAAGUGAUUUAUGCAUCAGUAGCAGGAUCAUGGAUCAUGAUGGACAGGUCACUAUUCUGCAACAGAAUCAAUCAAAAACCCCUCCUUUAGUUGAAGAAUUACAUCAGCUGCAGUGAUCUCUACUGGGUCACGUAAAUAAACUGGGGGUGGGUGGGGGGAAAUAGAGGCAGUACAGCUUUGGUGACUUGUUGUACACCAUAGUACGUUAUGACUUGGUGCUUAUGCUUUUCCAGGUAUCCAGCCACCUGCAUGACUGCACUCACCGGGGAUUGUGCAUUUCUCACUGGAACCACAUUGAUCCAGUUUUAUUUUCCAUUAAGUUAUGUAGGGGUGUAUCACAUAGUGUCAAAGAAAUGUAUUAACAAACUAUGUGCAAAUUAGGAAUAUGGAUUUUUUUUUUGGGCUAUGCGUUAUUGGUUCUAUUAGAAGCCUGUAGGUCUAUUCUAGCUUUUAAUCACAUUCAAUGGGCUAUCAUAAAUACCUGAAGCCUUAUUUUGUUUCAGUUGUGUUUCCAUCAGAAAAUAGCAUCUCGUAGAACUAUGACAUAAAAAGGGAGCUAUCAUGUUGGCCCAAUAUUAUUCAAAAGCAAAUUUACCAUUAAGUGCAGUGUUUCGUAGGCCUCUAAUAAUAAUAGUGUGGGCAACAUAUCACAGAAUCCUUGUUCUACAUAUAGAAUCUAAGUCUUUCUAUUUGUUGGACUUUGAUUAAUGCUAUGGAGUGAUGGUCUACUGCCACAUUAUCUUUCAUAACCGCAGCAUUUGAACCACACAGAGUUAUGCAUUUACCCAUCUAUUGGUUGCUGGCACCGUCCAUUAGAACACUUAAUGCUCGACAUGAAAUGCAAGGUAAAAAUAGGAAAAGGUUCUGCUGAUAACAGGCAGCAGUGAUGGGGAGAAAAUGACAAUUUCAUUAGUUAGUCAUUGCUUAAGAUUACCAGUGAAGAACUUGCUACAACUCUCCAGAGUAUCAGUCAUUACUAAGAGUUUUUAUAUUGCGGUGUAUUACUGUACAAAUUAGAAGUGCAUGAAUUAGAUUCCUUUUUACUUAACAGGGAAACAGCCGACAAUAAUUUGUUAGUUAAGUAAGAGCUAAGGUCUACUUUGCUGGGUUUCAGUUAAUGAUAAUGUCCCUUGUGUAUAGGAGGCUUCUUUAAGCAAUCACUGUCUUAAUCACACAGGCACAGUUAAACUCUUUCACCUCACUAUUGGGGAAACUGUAUGAGUUUUCUAUGAGUGUUUAUCCAUAUUAUCUUGACUGGUUCAAAUCUACUUUUUAAGAUCAUAUGUACAGUAGGUGACAGUUCAUUCCGCUCAUCUGCUUGAAGACAGCAAUAUUUCUAGGGGAAAAAAAAAAUCAAAAAUCAAAAAAGACUGAUAAACACAGCGCAGAGCCGCUCUUAUUGAUAUUUGAAGCCUGCCAGUAGCAUCUUCUAACCCGAUUAAUGUGACAUUAUAUCACAUGAAGAAGAAAAGGGAGAGUCGGAGGUGUCUUUCUUCUGAUAUGCUGAUUUCUACUUGUCUUCUUGUCGAGACAACAUGUUUGUACAAAUGUGAAAUUGGAAUACUAAUAGUGCCGAGUUCAUUCUUGUGUUGCACAAAUUGUCAAUAAUGUUGAAAGUAUUAAACCCCUUACCCCCUCACAGGGCAGUAUUCUUCAAGGAGUAAACUGUUGGCCUUCAUAUGAACCUGAUUUUGAGGACCCACCAUAACAGACAGGGCCAUUAACUUUAACAUCUUAGUUCUCUCUCUCCAAAUUUCACAAGUUGCUUCAACAGCAGUCUAUCUUGUGAAAUUAUCAAAAUACCCAUUCCACUUAAUUUAAUAAAAUACCAUAAUUAAACUGUAAGUGUUUUAUGAAAUAUGAAUCACCCUCACAUCUGAACUUACUAACAAAACAUUUUGUACAGAAAAAAAAUCAGUGAAGGCCAAGGUUUAAAGUUGCAGCUUAAAGUCCAGGAGAUGAAAGUAUGAUUUCUUGAAGAUGGAUACUGUCCUUAAAAGUUACCAGCUCCUUUUGAAGCCACAAAGACACAAUGUCUUGCACUUUGAAUUAGCCUCAGUUGAGAAAAAAAAAGAUUUAUACAGGGAUUAACAUCCAAACUCUCAAAAACCAUUCUGAUAUUUUACUGUACUAGUUAGGACAUCUAUUUUAAAUAUAAUGUAUUAUAUGUGAAAGUUCAAAGUAUUUUGAGAGUCAUAGUUUUACAUAGACUGUAAAUAGCAUUGGGGGUGGCGGGGAAGAAACUAAAUUGGAAGGCUUCUAACUUUUAGUUCUAAAGUGUACCCAGUGAAUUUUGCAAACAAAGUAUACAAAUUGGCUGAUUUAUUAAAGGACUUGCAUAAGUCCUGCAAUAGUUUUUAAACCCCAGUGUUUUCUUCUUUAGGAAUGAAUUCCAUUUUUGGAUCUUCUGAAGAAGAUUGCCUUUUCUUGGUCUUUGUACACUAUUUAGUUCAGGCAAUAAGUAUGUGACACGUUUAUUAACAUUUAUGUAAGUGUUGUUCUUGUAUUUAUGUACAAUGUAUGUAUUGUAAAUAUAUCCAGAGCUUUUCAUCUUACUGUAAAAUGAUGAUAUCACCCAGAAAUGUAAAGGGAGUCCCUGUAAUGAAAUUCUGUGAGAGGAUGUUCUGUUUUGCCCCAGUCUGAAAGACAAAAAUGAACAAGUGUUUAGUUUUUCAUGUGUCCCGAAACUUCUCCGUCAGUGCUUUGCGUUUCUGUAUUCAACUUUCAUAUAAGCUGAGCUGUGAAUUGAAGAACUAUAGUACACAUCCUUAAACGUAUGCAUUUGUAAUUACCUGAAAUAUGAAUGGAGGCAUGAAGGUUAAAUAAAGUUGCUUUUGUAUGUAA